AUGGCAGGUACCGAUGAUGAUUAUGGUAAAAAGUCAAGUAAGUUGGGAGAAAAAAGAGAAGCAAGCUUUGAAGAAAGUAUUGUUCUGAGGGUUUUUGGGUGCUUCAGACAGUUCUUUUUUCACUACCUCUUAUUGUACGGUGUAGAAUUGAUUGACGUCAUCAUAACAACGAAGAUGUCGAUGUCAAGGAUCUGGAGUAGCAUUGUACAUUUCUUUUCCGUGCAGACGCUCGACUCACGAAUAAAGCCAGACCUUGAAUUCAAAAGGCGACAAAGGUUAUUUAUAAACUCCUCUAAAGAAGAAAACGGUUCGUCGUCUAAUGCCGUCGCCGUUACUCGCAACCCCGUGAUCAGUUCUAAUAGCCUACCUCCGCCGCUAUGGAAUACAUGGGAAUUUAAACUAUAUUAUUUGGCGUUCAUAAUAGUGGUUCCUUUGAUGGUGAAAGCAGCAUUAGCCACGAGCUCCGAGUCUAAUCCCAACUAUUAUAAAUUCAGCGGACUGCUAGCUCACGGUUGGAUUCUAGGCCGAAAAGUAGAUAACAGCGAUGCUCAGUAUAGAUUUUUUAGAUCCAAUUAUUUUUUGUUGGUUGUCUUAAUAUUACUACAAAUUGUGUUGAAAAGGAUUUUUGUUAAAUUUAGUAAAAUUCCGAGGAUCAAAUUUGAUUUUGGAUGCGGAUUGGUUUUCGUCUGCUUCAUGUAUGGUAUCAACUCUGUCAAACUCUUGACGCAUGCUUUUAUUUUCUUUACUUUGGCGCAUUCGCUAAAGAGAAAGCGUUUGAUGGCCGCUUUUGCGAUUUGGUCCUAUGGUAUCUUCACACUAUUCAUCAAUCAAAAGAUGAAAAAUCUCCCAUUUAAUAAUAUUGCUAUUAUCUUGAGUCCCAUGGAUCAGUGGUAUAAGGGUAUUGUCCCUAGAUGGGAUCUUUUUUUCAAUUUUACAUUGUUGCGUUUGUUAAGUUAUUCCAUGGAUUUCUUGGAAAGAUGGCAUGAACAAUUGAGUCCUCAAUCUUCGAUAGACUACGAAGAUAGACGACCAGAAUUCAGAAAAAGUUUAUCUGGUUCUACUUUACAAACCAUUUAUGAGUCAGGCAAGAAUACUCUGGAGGAAAAGGAACGAUUGGUCGCAGAACAUCAUAUCCAAGAUUAUAAUUUUGUCAAUUUUAUUGCUUAUAUUACCUAUUCUCCAUUGUUUUUAGUGGGCCCAAUUAUCACGUUCAAUGACUACCUCUAUCAAUCAGAAAAUAAACUUCCUUCGCUAACGAAAAAAAACAUAACCCUCUAUGCCGUCAAAGUAUUUUCGAGUUUGCUUUUGAUGGAAAUUAUCCUGCAUUACAUUUAUGUAGGUGCAAUAGCAAGGACUAAGGCAUGGAGCAAGGAUACGCCUUUGCAAUUGGCCAUGAUCGCCUUGUUCAACUUGAACAUCAUGUAUCUAAAACUUUUGAUCCCAUGGAGGCUCUUUAGAUUAUGGGCCAUGGUCGACGGUAUUGAUGCUCCCGAAAAUAUGCUGCGAUGUGUGGAUAAUAAUUAUAGUACACUAGGGUUCUGGAGGGCUUGGCACACAAGUUUUAACAAGUGGGUAAUCCGAUACAUCUAUGUUCCAUUUGGCGGGUCCAAUAACAAAAUAUUAACGAGCUUUGCCGUAUUUUCAUUUGUAGCAAUAUGGCAUGAUAUACAAUUACGAUUAUUGCUAUGGGGAUGGUUGACAGUCCUUUUACUAUUAGGCGAAACAUAUAUUACUAAUUGUUUCAGUAGAUAUAGGUUCAGAAGCUGGUAUAGGUUUGUUUGUGGUAUUGGUGCUGCAAUAAAUAUUUGCAUGAUGAUGGUUGUCAACCUGUACGGAUUUUGCUUGGGUGGAGAGGGAACAAGGCUUUUGCUGAAGGGUAUAUUUAACACUUUACAUGGUUUGGAGUUUACUAUUGCGGGAAUAGUAAGCCUAUUUAUCGCUGUUCAGAUAAUGUUUGAAAUUAGAGAAGAAGAAAAAAGGCACGGUAUCAACUUGAAAUGUUAA